CUAUAUAUAAUCGUCAUUAAUAGUAUCAUUCUUCCUCCAAGAUAAUAUUUGGUUAACUAUAUAGAUUAUAAAUAACAUUUUGAGAAUGGGAGGCUUAGGUUCACCGUGUGGAGGAUGCAAGUUCUUGCGUAGGAAAUGUGUAGAAGGUUGUGUAUUUGCACCAUACUUUUGCUACGAAGAAGGAUCUUCAAAUUUUGCAGCCAUUCACAAAGUCUUUGGAGCUAGCAACUUCUCUAAGCUCAUUUCUAACCUCCCUGUUCAUGACCGUUGUGAAGCCGUACGAACCAUUUCUUACGAAGCUCAGUCUCGUCUCCAUGAUCCUAUUUACGGCUGCGUCUCACAAAUCUUCUCCCUCCAGCAACAGGUUGUUAGUCUACAAGCACAAGUGGUACUUCUUAGAGAAGAAGCUUCUAGAAAGUUCCCUCAAGAGGAUUGUAUGGAACAAGGGAAGGUUCUAGGUGAAGAUAUGCCCCAGAAUCUUCACAGUUGGUUUCACCAAGUAGUCUCGGACUCCAACCUUAACCAGAUGAGUGAUGUUGCAUCAACGUCCAUGGAACGCAAUGAGUCCUUUUGCAGCUCAAGUGAAUCUCUUUACUACCCGGAGGCCAUGUUUCCAUGGUCUGUUUGAG